UCGGCCGGCUCGGAUCGUUGAGUUAGGGUGUGGAGAGGGGCCAACAUGCUUCUCUGAACAGGUGAUGUCCCUGUUGUACAGAUUCGCCCGGCUGCCUGACCGGGCCAACACCCACGUGUUCACCUUCAUCGUGACCAGGUCCGUGACCAGGGACCUCGAACGGGACGUCACCUCCAGGGAGUUCACCUGUGGAUACCAGCGAUGGGCAAUUACCUUUUCGAGGAACGACAAGGUGCUCGGAGUGUACCUGGUAUGGAGAAGCGGGCUCGCGGGGGCGGGGGGCAAGGGGGCGCCCAACAAGGCUAGCCACAACACCGGCAUGCGAGUCUACGUCGACUUCACAUUCACACUGCUCAACAGAGACCACUUCAGCGUCAACGAGGCGUUCAGUGGAAAACAGGUCAAGUUCACCUGCGACUGUCCAGCACAGGGCAACCGCAACUACAUCCCGGUGACGGACCUGCGCACGCGCAAUUUCACAGACGAGAACGGCGAGUUUCAAUUGGAGCUCACGAUGGGCAACGUGCGUACCGUGUUCGACUCUGAGCUGCGCAUCACGCCGCAAAGCACGUCCACCUCCAAGCAACAACGCAGACAGCAGCUGCGUCUGGAAACCCAGUAUUUUUCGUUUGGGGGCUUUGACUGGAACGUCUCAUUAGAACGAGAGGAGGAGGACGGCGCGUGCGUGUUGCAGUUGAACCGGUUGACUGGAUUCGACCAUCGGUGUCACGUGCGGUAUUUAGUGGUUUUGGGCGAGGGCGAAAGGCGCAUAGACUCGGGCCUUAUCGACGACAUCAGCGACGCAGAGGGCCGUGUUAGGGGUUGGUGUCCGGGGGUGACGGUGUCCGAUGUGAUGAGAAAAGGGACGGUCCGCCUGCACCUGGAGAUGUUGUUGGCAAACAGCCUGAGUGACGUGUCCGUGUCAACACCACCUAUCAGUGUUGGCACUGCCCAGGUGGUUGCGCAGACCGCCCCUGCGCAGUGCUUUGACAAGGACAAACAGCAGUGGCUAGUGACGUCAGACUUGCAUGGGGACACCUUGCGCUUCCACAUUGUCUUCAAGGACAUCCACAAUGUGCCUCGCAACCAUCUCAGGUACGUGAGUUGGAGUUCGUACAUUAUGCGCUUCCCGCCAGACGACUCGUCGCCGCCUGAGCCUGUGGCUUUGGAAGGCUCGCCCUUCAGUCACUACUACGCCCAGGACACCAGCGAUGAAGGCAUCAUGAUGGAAACCGAUGUGCCCGUCAAGGAGAUGCGAGUUCCAGACUGCGAGUACUUCAGCGACAGGUCGCAGGUGCGUUUGCAAAUCGAGUGGGAAGAUUCGUACCUGCUCUUCCAGGCGACCUAUCACAAGUACGAUGACGUCACCCGAGUGCACAAUUACCAGAUGAGACGCGAGAUCAACGCAUUACAAGCAGAGAACUACAGCUUAGAGAGACAGCUUUUCAGCUACCAGAAAAGCAUAGCGUACGCUCACUCGCGAGGUCAGUACUCGGCCGAAAACACCCCCGUCGGGGGCGGCACCCCUGAUGUCGCCCCUUACCGGCACCACGGCGGGUCCUUCAGGCACAGCAGCGCAGGCGCCGCGCCCAAGCACGGACACCACUACCACCCCAAUCACCAUCCUGCAGCCAGCAGACACCGGGCGAGCACCGGCGGCCUGGAAGUGGAGCCGACGGGUCAGUCAAGCCAGCUGGCGGCCAAGAGCCCCAACACAUCUCCGAGACACCAUCACAGAAGCAAAAGUCCUCAUUUAAGACCUGGUCACUUCGGUGGGGAUCAUCCCUCUGGGGACGAGGGAGAAGGGGCCGGAGCUGAGCUGGAAGUAGGUUACUGCGAAGAAGACGGUUACUACGAAGAGGAGCAGGACGACGAGGAACGCCGGUCCUACUCGCUCGGCGAACGCUCCCUGUCCACGGACACCGAGUACGCCUGAGAAACGCUCUGUCCCCGCCCGAUCAGACCCCCACACUCUUCGCACCCCCCUCCGCGGAGGCGCCAGUCGGACAUCGCGCGUGUCGACAACACCGACAUCUUCAACUCGCCCGUCGAGGAGAUGCGUCCGAAGACGCACAGCUUCUCAGGGUUCGGCAACGCCCCGUCCAGUCACACCUGGCAGCACUUGAAUGGCGGCUACCGGCCCCCGGCGCCGCCCCCGACCGUCAACGAGGUCUCCUUGUACAGCCGGCAACAGGCUGAGAAGCAGCUGCAGCGGCAGCGGCGCCAGUCCAAGCCCUACCAAAUCACGCACAUCAGCAGCACCAUCCGCAACCUGACGCACAAGGGACCUGCCAAGUCGGUGGACGCGUACAUCUUUACGCAAGUGCCCAGCAGUCUGGCCUCCUCCGAAGAACCGGACAAGCUGUCCGAGCUGCAUCCGCCGCAGCCGCCCAGGGACACCAUCAUCGAAAUGGGCAACGGCUACGCGGGCUACCACACCAAGAAGAAGAGGAUCGUCGCCACGCCCGCCUCCUCGAGUCUCUCCUUUUUCAGGGAGAUCCUCUUCCGGAUCGCCGAGUUCAUAUGCUCGCUGCGCGGAAACAGCCACUACUAACCGAAUUGGCAAUAAGUACCACCCUCUUGCACAAAGUAGGCACCUAUCUUGGCAUGCGAGUUUUGCUCUUGACUCUCUUUCGACAAUUCACUCCUUACUUCCUCUCGAUUGGACCUGCAGGAGGCUUUUUACGGUCUCUAUAGAUUUUCUUUGCACCAUACUCAUUUAAAAAAUAUUCACUCAAAAUAAUCUUUUCAUAUCACCAUCAAUGUAUGUUCAUCAGCCUAAAACCAUUGCAGUUUUCCAUUUGCGCAAAGGAAGAAUCCAAACAUUUCAUUUUUCAGGCGCCCAAAUUUUAUCCUAAGAUUUGAAAUGUCUGAUUUCUGCCUGCUUAUGAACCGAUAGCAAAAAUCGGGGAAAAUCCAAUGGAAAUCUGCGUGAAUUUAAUUAUCAAAACCAACUGAUAGCCACAACAUUUAGAUGAAAUAAGAGGUGUCCAUUUCAAAUAAUAAAGGUUAUGAACAUACUUUGCAACCCUUUGUAAGAAUGGCAUGAUAUUAUGCAGAUUAUGCAUAAUUUUAAGAAUUCCCUAAUAUGGAUAUUUAAAUUAAGCGUGAGGAAAAAAUAAUACUGAUUUUAGCAGUAGAUAAUUAUAUAUAUUCUAAUGCGUUAUUAUAAUGUAACAGAAACUCCAUUCUUACAAUGAACCACUACCAAAACAUUAUUAAUAAUUAUUAAGACUAAGGAGGAGUCUCAAUAUGUAGCUUUUGAAUCAAAACUUAAAAUAAAUAAACUUUUGUUUGCAAAAAAAUAAUAAUAAAAAUAAUUUUAACAUCAAAAGAGAGCAAAAGUAUUCAGCCGAGAAGCGCAAAGGUGCAUACUCUUGGAGUGCUACUGAAAUAAAAUCGCUGAUAAUAUCAAUUGGGAUUCUUCGAAAAUUUAUCAAACUAUAAAUUUCUAUGCGAAGGGAUUAAAAAAAUUGGGUCUAUCGAAAUAUAUCAUGUUUUGUAGUGAAUCAAAACAGAAGCAGUAACAAUCAAAAAAGGGCGUGGGACGGGGAAAAGAGAAUUAUAAAAUAAAAGAGCUGGGCUAUUAAAUGUUGAGCCAUUCAAUCGAUAAAAAAAAAAAAUGAGUAUAUUUUCACUCGACUGUUCUUUCAUAUUAUAAGCUGGUCUUCAAAGCAGCGCUUUUUGACAGCCGUGUGUUAGCAUGGAAUUUUGUUGCCGAUGAUUGAAAGUAAAAAUAAUUGAGCGUGAAUUUGAAGACGCGGCGGCGGCCAAUUUUCGACCAGAUUGGUUGCUUAUCAGAUAUUUUUGUCUUGGGACCAAAGUACGACCAUGAUUGUCUAGCAUUUCUGAAGGGUACGUGUCGGUUACUUAUUUCCUGCUCUCAAUGUUCCGUCCUUCAUCUCAUUCAGGCAUAAAAAAUAUUAUUCCAUAAUUAUGCACAAAUUAACACUCACACAAUCUUUUCUGCAGCUUUCGCUUUUCUCAUUAUAUCGUUCGAAAGUGCUUGUCCAAAGCGCGCAGCAAUAUUUGAGAUGAAAAAAAAAUCACACACGUAUAUUCGUACAUAAACAGUAGUGUAAUCAGCAAUACAAGUUUUAAUUGUCGCAUGUGCGUGGGAUAUUUAUUGUUAACGGAUGAUAAUUUUAUCACUGCAUGCACAAAGGAUUUCUGUAGAAGGGUAAUUACUUUAUGCGUAUACUUAUUAAUUAAAUUAUAUUUCUCGGUCAAUUCAUAAAAAAUAUUGAUUCUCAUUAAUAAUUGCAUGCCUAUACAUUGAAUGUGUCCAAUAUCAUACGCUGCACGCUCUCGCAAAUUUCCUAUCUCACACAAAAAGGCAUUUUUGCGCGAUUCUUUUCUAAUAGCUCGUAAGAAAACAAGUUUUUGAAUUUUACAAUUCACAUUUCGAUUACUCACUUGAAUCAAAAUAGUUUUAAAAUAUAACACAACUUUUUAAGAACAAAAUGAAAAUCGAAACUCAAGUGACGACCAAUUUUGAAGGUUUCUCUACUUAAUAUUAAUUUUCAACUACCACAUCUCAAAUAAGUCCCAGUAUUAUCACGAGAAUCGUGUGAAUUUUGUAACUUAAUGAACAAAAAGAGCGUCGUUUUUUAUUAACCUUGAACUCCAUUGUUUAUUUCAUAAUAAAUAUAUGCAAAUCAAUCAGAGCUUUUUAGAAAUUUAAGUGAGCAUCAUAUCUUUAUGUCAAUGUGGAAUGUUUUUAAUCUCAAAAGACGGUGAGCACAAUUUAUUAAAUGCCUAAGUUUUUAGAUUAUAGCAACGUUUUUUCUGAUAAUUCAUUUUAGAACAGAUAUCAAUAUUUAAAAUUAUUCCAUUUUGUAUGUCAUAAAAAAAUGUACACUACUGUUUCCAUGCUCAUUUCCCUACUUACGUCGAUUUCUUCCAUCAGCAAGUAAUAAAGAUGAUAAUUAUUAUUGUUAUACAGCUUUAUUAUCAAAGCUUAUAAUAAAAGAUAAAGUUUGAAAUUGAAAAUAUUAUAUAAUAUCACGCGGCAUGAAUGAAAAUGAGAAAUAUAUCAAUGUUGUUGAAAAACUAAGAGCACUGUAAUUGACGAUAUAUAUUGACAAAAAAUGAUGGUUUUAUGAAAUUGCAGCACUAAAAUUGAUCGAUGUGUUCCAUAAAAAAGAAAGAGAUCACCCAGGGUGUAUCAUCAUAAAAUAAAAAAAAUGUUAAAAAGAUAUUUAACACAAAGUUUCAAAAAUUAUUGGAUGUGUCUUAUAUUAUGUGAUGUAACUUUGAUUUUAGUUGACAUAUGGAAGCAAAAAUAAAUUGUAGUUAUUUUUAAUGUUACAAUGUUACAGCCUUUAAAUUGCACUUUUUACUAAAUGAAGAUUUUUCAUAUGUUAUAUACGUUAAAUAAUUGAUACUAAUUUUGAAGGAAAAAAUCAACUACAUUUUUGGUUCAUUUUCCUUAUUUAGAAAUUACAGUAUUAAAAAUUUAUACCCAUAAUAAACGAUGUGCAAUGUGUAAAAAAAAAUAACUAAAUGUAAAAUGUUAAAGCUUAAAGACGAAAAAAUAUUGUUACUGGCUUGUAGCGCUAUAGCUGUGUUUUAAUGAGCCCUGGGUCUCCGUCUCUAGAGUGCAAAUAUCUAACUUGGUCCAAUUAACAAAGUAUCAAGCCCUGUCCGCCCAAAAGUGUGUCACUCGUCAAGGGCUCAAGGGAAUCAGCCGCCCAUGGUUCGGUUGUGGACAGGGGUCGCAGCUUUGACACAUCACGGUUUCUCACUUACAGCACAAAUCACUGAUAAUUUUGACUGUACGGCCUAUUUGCUGUGUCUACUUUUUACCUAUGUAGACCAACUCUCAUUUCCCUGAAUAACCUACAACAUUAUACGUGGAUGUGCUAUCUCUUUGAUAAAGCUGAAUAAAACUAUCU